AUGGAAGACCUUGAACAAGAGAAUCAUGAAUUUCGUGAUGAAGUAACUACUCUCCGUGUCGGUGUGGAAAGAUUGACUGCUUUGGUGGAAAGCUUAGUGGCUUCUCGAAAUCAACCAUCAUCUCCCCCAUCUCCUCGUGCCACUCAAAUGCAAACUGAAGUUCAGACUACGGCGAUUUGCGAAGUUUCUACUACUAGUGUUUUUGUGGCUCCUACCACUGGUCCCUCUCACUAUCAGAUGCCUAAUGGCUACUCUGGGGGCAUGUCUUACAACUUUGUGCCAGAGGGAUACCAUCCUGUUACUGGAGCUGCUCAAACUACUCCUAUAAUGACCGUGACUUCACCCCUGGUACAUACCGUGCCACAAGCUGAGGAGCUCAUUUACCAAGUUGAGCCUAAUGAAAUAAAUGGAGCUUAUGAUGAUUUCCAAGACCAAUUCCAAGAGAUACGAAAGGAGAUUAAAGCCCUCAAAGGGAAGAAUUCAUUUGGAAAGAAUGCUCAUGAUAUGUGUCUUGUGCCAAAUGUGAAAAUACCUGCCAAGUUUAAAGUGCCUGAUUUUGAAAAAUAUAAAGGGAAUUCGUGUCCUCAGAGCCAUUUGACCAUGUACUGCAGAAAGAUGGCCACUCAUACUGAUGAUGAUAAGUUAUUGAUCCACUAUUUUCAAGAUAGUCUAACUGGUGCUGCUUUGAAAUGGUACAUGGGAUUGGAUAGUACUCAUAUCAGUUCUUUUGAUGACCUUGUGGAAGCGUUCAUUCGACAAUACAAGUAUAAUGUUGACAUGGCUCCUGAUAGAGACCAACUCCGAGCCAUGGCACAGAAGGAGAAAGAGUCUUUCAAAGAGUAUGCACAAAGAUGGCGCGAGGUUGCUGCCCAAAUCUCUCCUCCUAUGGAAGAAAGAGAGAUGACCAAAAUAUUUCUAAAGACUCUAAGCUCAUUUUACUAUGAGAGGAUGGUUGCCAGCGCUCCGACCGACUUCACUGAAAUGGUGAAUAUGGGAAUGCGACUAGAAGAAGGUGUACGAGAAGGACGGUUGACUAUGGAAUCUGAAUCGUCGAUUGGUACCAAGAAAUAUGGGAACAACUUUCAGAAGAAGUGGGAAGAUGAAACUAUUGCUUUUCCAAUUGAUGGUGGAGAGUCUCAGAACUCCCAUUCCUACCAACCCUUAGCUUAUCAGCAAGCACCAUUCAUACCAUACGAUCAAUAUCCAUAUGUUGUAGCCGCACAAUUCAAGCAACCAUACCAACAGACGUGGGCAGCUUCUCCUCAUAAUUCUUCAAAGGAUGCUCCUCAGAAUGCAGCUCAGAAUCAGAAUCGUCAACGGAAUCAGAAUAUACCUCAAAGGAACCAGCAGAAGGAGGAUCGUCGCAUUGACCCAAUUCCAAUGACCUACGCUCAGCUAUGGCCAUAUCUAAUUGAGAAGAAAGCAAUAGCUCCCAGACCAACCCGACCUGCAAAGUUUCCAUUUCCUAAGGAAUACAAUCCAAACGUCAAGUGUGAUUUUCACAGUGGGAUAGUAGGUCACUCCAUUGAAGAUUGCAAUGUCCUGAAGGAAAAAGUUCAAGAUCUGGUUGACAAAAAGAUACUCUCUUUCAAAGAUAUUGGUCAUAUGCCCUGA